AUGACCACCGCUCAGAAGCCCGACUGGAAGGCCGUCGUGGCGCGCAAGCGUGCCGAGCGCGACGCCCUCAUCCCCGCCGAGUACGACAUCCCGGCCUCGAAGCUGCCCCCCGUCGACGGCAAGAGCGUCGUCUCGUUCCCCGCCACCUGCGGCCUGCUGACGCCCGCCGAGGUGGCCAUCACCGAAAUCGACGACGUCGACGUCCUCCUCGCCAAGCUGGCCAAGCGCGAGUACACGGCGGCCGAGGUGCUCGAGGCCUACAUCAAACGCGCUUGCAUCGCCCACCGCCUCGUCAACCCCAUCACCGAGAUCCACUUUGACGAUGCCCGCCGCUGGGCUAGGGAGCUCGACGACGAGCUCCAGGCCACCGGAAAGACCCGCGGGCCGCUGCACGGCCUGCCCGUCAGCCUCAAGGACCAGUUUCGCAUCAAGGGGUCCGACGCCACCAUCGCCUACGUGUCGUACGUUGGUAGACAGGCCGACCACGACGCCGUCUGCACCGCUCUGCUAAAGGAGGCCGGCGCCGUGCCCUUUGUCAAGACGAACCUGCCCCAGACCAUCAUGUUUGCAGAGACUCGCAACGAGCUCUUUGGAACCACGUUGAACCCCCACAACCGCUUGCUCCACACCGGCGGAAGCAGCGGCGGCGAAGGCGCGCUCGUCGCCAUCAAGGGCAGCCCGCUCGGCGUGGGCACCGACGUCGGCGGAAGCGUCCGGAUCCCCGCCGGCAUGUGCGGCCUGUUCGGGCUGAGGCCCUCGUCGCACCGCUUCCCCUACGAGGGCGCCGUCAACAGCAUGGAAGGCCAGGAGACGAUCCCCUCGGUGCUAGGCCCGCUUACCCGCACCCUCUCCGGCCUGACGACCUUUACCAAGGCCAUCCUCGCCGGCCGUCCCUGGCUGUACGACCCGCUGGUGCCCGAGAUGCCGUGGAGCCAGAGCCGGUACGACGCCGCCAAGGCCAAGAAGGGUCUGAAGAUUGGCCUGAUGUCGACCGACCUGCACGUCCACCCGUUCCCGCCGUACGAGCGGGCGCUCCAGGUGGCGCGCGACGCCCUGACCAAGGCGGGCCACGACGUGGUUCCCUUUGUGCCCUACGAGCCGGGCCAGGGCCUCGCCAUCAUGGGCGACGCCUUCUGCGCCGACGGCGGGCGCGACGUCCUCGAGGCCAUCUCCGGCUGCGACGAACCGCUGGGCCCGCAGGUGACGGGCGUCGGCAAGCCCGAAAAGUCGGCCUACGAGCUGUGGCAGAUCAACAAGCGCAAGACCGUCUACCGCAAGCGCGCCCUCGACCACUGGCGCGACGCCGGCGUCGACUUUGUACUCUGCCCCACGUCCGUCUACCCGGCCAUGAAGCACGACGACGAGUGCUGGAUCCUCUACACGGGCUUGUGGAACCUGCUCGACUACACCGCCAUCUCGCUGCCCGUAUCGAGCGUCGAUGCCAAGCUGGAUCCCAAGCGCUCCUCGCCGCCCCACGACGGGUGGUACAGCGACGACGACAGGCGCUGGAACGACAAGUACGACCCGGACCUCGUCGACGGCGCUCCCAUCGGUCUCCAGGUCGUCGCAGGCAGGUACCGCGAGGAAGAGGCGCUCGGCUUCGCCGAAACCGUCUGGCACGCCAUCCGCGGAUAG